UUCUGGAGGCAAUACCCGUUUUCUCUAUAAGCAUCAGACAGUGCGUUCUUGUAACAGUGUACACACGACCAUCGCUAAAAUAGCCACGGCACCUUUAAUCAACAAUAUAUUGCCAAUUUUGUGAAUAUCGCAAGACCACUAGUAACAAUGUCAGACAAUGGAGGUAACCAGGAUCCACGACGGCUUCGAAAUAUGCAAGGACUCCUCAACUUCUGCACGGAAAUCACAGCUCGUGAGGAUACCACGGGCCCUACACAGUUGAGUGGAAUGGAUCCUGAGCGCCGAGCCUUUCUGGAGGAAGCGCUGUCAGGAAUGACUAUGAAUGUCGCCAAAUUGCUUGCUGAAGCAGUCCAAAAACUCUUAAGUGAAGCUGUUACAAUGCCAGAGGAGGAUAUAACAGAGCAGGAGGAAGCUAUUCAGCAGAUUGAAGAACAUGUGGAUGACCUGAAUCAUGCAAUGGACUUCUACAAAAUGGGAGGAUUUCCAGCUUUACUGAGAUGUUUGAAUUCUCCCCAUGCAAGUCUUCGAGUUGGAGCUGCUGGGCUGAUUGGCGAUAUAUGUCAGAAUAACCUUGUGUGCCAAGAAAGUAUGCUUUCUUUAAAGGCAAUCCCUCCUCUUCUUGAGAUGAUGGACACAGACACAGACAAGCAAGCAAGGAUAAAAUCCCUAUAUGCUAUUUCAUGUUUGAUCAGAGAUUUCCCAAAAGGUGAAGAAAGUUUCUUGAAAGCAGAUGGUCUCUCCUAUUUAAUGCGUUCAAUGCAAUCGGGCAUAGAGAAGUUAAUUGUGAAGUCAACAUUUCUGUUGAAUAACCUGGUCAGAAACAAUGAGUCGUAUAUUGACACUGUACUCUCUAUGGGAUAUAUUGAACAGUUAGCAAUAAUUCUUGGUAAUGAAGACACAGACAACAUUUCCCGAGAGCAUUGUACUGCUGCAGUCUAUGGCUUAGCAUCGUCUUAUCCACAAGCACUUCAGGAAGCUCUGAGACCAGAAUUGGGUCUACCACAGCUUUUACGAUCAAGAUUAAGUACAAUUAGUGGCAAAGAGGAAUUUCAGGAAGAGGAAAAUCAUAUUCAGGAUUUGUUAAAUCUCUUUCAACAAGGGGAUGAUGAUGAUGAACACAGAUAGUUGUUAUAUUUGUAAGGUUUACUAGAAAUAAAAAUUCAAUUUUAUGAACUUUUUAUUAAAACAAUUGCCAUGUGAAAGGAGACUUUUUAGGGCACUAGCAUCUGUCACAUUAGCAUCUGUCACAUCUUCUGUACUAAUCGGAAAUCUUUUCUAAAAUGUUUGUUUCAUUUUAUCAGUAUAUUUGUAGAUGGUAUUUGCAGUAAAGUGCAGACUUUUCUAUAUAUUACAGUAGCAACAUAAAACACACCAUUGAUUAAUUAGACACUGUAUUUGUAAUACCUGUAUGUCAUUUUAACUUGUAAUAUAAGAGAAAUUUCAAAACAUCUUAAUUAUAUAAUGUAUUUAUUGUGUUAUUAUGUUGAUUUAAAAGGCAUUCAUUUAAAAAUUUUAGGUAAAUGGAUUAGGAACCUUUCAUGAACUGUAUUCAUGUUGACAAAUUAAAAGGUAUGAAUUCAUUCUACCUUUUCUACAAAAGGAAUUAUUCAGUGACUGGAUCAGACUUUGCCAUUUUAUGGGACAGUGUUUAUAAAUGUACAAAAUAUGUUUUUUUCAUACGAUCUUUCAAUUUUAUAUAUGAAUUAAAUUAUGGAUACUAGACCUGUACAAACUAUAAAAAGAAAGGAUGAAAAGAUGAACAUCUGGAUUAUUGGUAGUAGUUCCAGGUCUAGAUAAUUUGUAAUUUUUGAAAUGAAUCUCUGUGAAAAUAGAGUAGGUGAUCAUACUUAAGGAAUUUAUCUUGAACAGCAGCGUUUACAGAAAAUAGAUUUUUUACUGUUUAGGAAGAUGAUUAUAAAUUAAAACUCAA